AUGUUCUCUGCAGGUUCCUCUUACAUAGCCGUAGUAGCCAUUGAUUUUGGGACCACAUACAAUGGCUUUGCUUUUGCUUUCAACCAAAGGAAGGGAGAAGGAGGUAUCCAUGUGAACAAAGCAUGGGGAUACGACCAAGGAGCAGCAACUCUUAAAACACCAACCUCUCUUUUACUUCGCCCUAAUGAGAAAUUUGAUUCAUUUGGAUUCGAAGCAGAGGAAAAGUACGCCAACUUUCUCCAUGGUGAAGAUCGGGAAUAUCUUUACUUCAAACAUUUCAAGAUGACACUUCAUAAUACGAAGGUAAAGCCAUAGUUUGACCUACUAUCGCUUUACACCCUCAAACUAGUAUGUAAACCUUUCAUUCCAGGAGUAUUUCUUUUGUUUUGUUUCUGUAUGUCUCUUUUUUGUUUCAAUAUGUUUCAUAAUCUUUGCUUUAACCAUCAGAAAAAAAAAUGAAUAUAUUAACCCUAAGAAACGAAAGAAAAAUACACCAGAGAUAGAAUAGAAAAAUAAUGAUAAAAAUAUACGAUUACCUUUAGAAAGUGUUCUCAUUUUGGACAGAAGACUACCUGGACUACCAAAUAAUUCAUUUGCAAUCAAUAAAUCCUAUUUUUAAGAAAAAUAACUGCCAGUAUUCUUUAAAGGUAAACCUACAUGACGAGAAUUUGCUGGAAGCAAGGCUCAGUGAAGGGUUUGAGUUGUUUCUGUUUUCUAAAAAGUUCACCUAGAACUUUUGAAUCAUUUUAAAUAAAUGUGAUUGUGUGGUCUGAUUGUCCGUGUGAGGGAAGUCAUGAUGACAACACUCUUUAGGACUGUUUUCGGUAAUGGUGACUGACGUUUUGAAAUCCUCAGCGGAAGAUAUCAUUAGAAUCGACUCGACUUAUUCUUCAUGAAAAACCACGCAAAAAGUGAUAAGAAUCUAAGGGUGUGAGGGGCAACAUAAAUUAAAAAAAAAAGAGAUAUAAUUGUUCAUAUCUGAAAACUGCAUACUUAAGUAAUAAGGAGAGCGUCGCUUGCUAAAAAGAGGAAAGAAGGAACGGAGUAAAAAUCAAGAAAUACUAUUUACGGUUUUAAGUUAUUCGGGUGUAUAUUCAAACAUCUUUGCUUUGUUCUAGCAGAAACUAUACAGGAAUACCAAGCUGAGAGCACGAAAUGGAAAAUCGAUCAAUGCUUUACUGGUUUUUGCUCAAUCGAUAAGAUACCUCAAAUAUCAAGCUAUCGAAAUAAUCCGAGAGAGAACUGGAGACAAACAGUACUGUGAAAAGGAUAUCCAGUGGGUUAUAACAGUCCCUGCCAUUUGGAAACCUGCUGCUAAGGAAUUCAUGCGGGAGGCUGCAUGUGAGGUAUAUAUAUUUUUGCCUAUAUAUAUGGCAUGUGCUGGAGAGGUUUUCCAUCCGCUCAGUGAAAAUAAAUGGAAAGGGGUUUGACUUCGAAUAGGAUUAUUUGAUGGCGAUAAUUUUCUUAAGCCUACCGACUUACCUUAUUACCAAACUUUUUAUUAUUGUAUUAAAUUUUUUUUUCUAUUUAGUUUAUUUUGAUUUAUUUUCAGUAAAAUACCUAAAAACUAGCUUGUGACUGUUUUUCGCUAAUAGCUAAGUGUACUUACAUAAUAAACCAGUAUGUUUGUAUGUAUGUUAAAAUUUAGAGAAGUUCAUUUGAGAGCCAAAAUUAUUCAUGAAUGUAAAGGCUCCCUAAAAGGUAAAAAGAUGAAAAAAUCCAAUAUAAAACAAAAAAGGGAACAAAAAAUACAAGUUUCUUGAAAUCUGUAACAGACAUAAGAUUUAGUCUUAGUUUGGAGAGUCACGGUGGAAGAAGGGAAUUGCAACAUAUUUCUUGUUUUUAUAUGUUUCAUGUUUGUUUAUUGCUUUUUUUUGUCUUGUUUUUGGCAGGCAGGGAUAGUAUCAAAAGAUGCACCCGAUCAGCUACUUGUUGCCUUGGAACCGGAAGCAGCAUCUAUAUACUGUAGGGAAAUGAAGAUGAGGGAAUUUAAAAGUGAGAAAGGAGAUGCUAAUAUAUCUGACGUCUUCGCGAGGCCUGGGUCAAAAUACCUUGUAAUUGAUAUCGGAGGUAAUUCAGUUAAAUGCUCGUGGGCUUUACUCACUAACAAAUCUCCUCUACUUUGGGCUACUAUUAAAUUCCAGAACAAUAUCUCUCAGUAUAAUGGAACUAUUGAGUAAACUGGAUUUGUAUAUGUGUCACAGGUGCCCUAAUUCAACCAACUAAAAUGUCAUAUCUAUCUUUUGAAAGGUAUUACCUCAAACGUAAAGGUAUCUUUUGUGCUCUUUGGAAUUAAGUAAAUAAACCUCGUGCGAGGUGAUUGUAGCAGGAGUACAAUAUUACAAAGUGGCUGCCUCGCGUUCUGCCAGUGUAACCGAGGAAGUGAUGAACGCGAUAAAGGAAGUUUAAUUCCAAAGAGCACAAAAGAUACCUUUAAGUUUGAGGUACUACCUUUCAAAAGAUAGAUAUGACGUUUUAGCUGGUUGAAUUAAGGCGCCUGUGACACGUAUACAAAUGAUAAACCUAAUAAAUACGCAGAAAAAUUUCUUGUGAUAGGCACUUUAAAUGGACCUGUGAAAUUCUAGUGGAAACUGGUUCCUUAUUUCGAUACUAGUAAUCAAAACAAUUGACACCGAAUAGUUUCAACAUCAAAUCGAAUAUUUAAAAUAGAAUUCGCAGGCAUCUAAGCAUUUAUACUAUAACAAUUAUUCGCCUCAGGUUCAGUAAAUAUUGAUGAUUUAUCCCCAUGACUACGUCUCGGGAUUACUCAACAGUAGUCACUUCGCCUUCGCCAAUUAAAUGUAAAAUAUUAGGGUAGCUGGAGUAAGUUCUCACAGUGUUGGUCGUUUGGCAUAUAUACCAUUUUUUUCCUGUCUCUUCGUAAAGGCGGAACUCUAGACGUGACCGCUCACGAGAUAUUGGCAAACGGGAACAUCAAAGAAAUUCAUAAAGUGACAGGAGGACCUUAUGGUGGAAGAAAAGUGAACGACCAGUUCGUAUCCUUCCUUGAGGGGUUCUUUCGAAUUGCUACAGUGGAAGCCUUUCGUGCUGAAAACCCGGCAGAUUGGCUAGACUUGAUGAACGAAUUUGAGCUGAAGAAAAGAGGACGCCGAGCUCAUGAAGGAGACACAACAAGGAUUCGUCUGCCUCGCUCCUUUACAGUUCUUAUCUCUGAACAUGGUGGUCCUGAUCUGGCAGGAAGGUUCGCAAGGUCUUGUCGAACUGAUGAUGUUCAAUUUGUCAGAAAUGAAUACUUGUGCUUGGGACCUUCUGCUAUGAAAAAGUUGUUUGAGCCAGUUUUGAAUGGAAUUGUAAAGCACCUUACACAGCUCCUCAAGGAUGCUGCAGUUAAAGAAUUGCAGUUUUUCUUCCUCGUUGGAGGCUUUGCCGAGUCGAUUAUACUACAGGAGACAAUUAAGAAGAAUUUUGACCAAAGGUAGAGGUUCUUUAAUUUAAAGCUCUUCUUUUAGCAGGGGAAACUGGAGAAAAACAGAAAAAUUAUAAAAUUGAGUAAGCUAGAUCUAUAUUAAAGAAAUGGUUCAUGCUUAGAGAGGGUAUAUCGAGUUAUGGAUGUAAGCGGGAAGUGUGGAGAGCACGAGAGAAGUGUAAGAGUUGGUCGAGGUGCAGCCGAGAGCAACACUUACUAGCUUCUUCUCCAAACUUCCCGAAUGCGUUCCAUAACUCGACAUACGCACAUCUAAAAGCAUGAACCAAUUCUUCUAAAACAUAGCAUGCAGACACAAGAUGUGCACGAAAAAAUGGUUAAUAACAACUGUGUCGAGUUUACCACCUAGUCGUGUUUUACCCGAAAACUUUGAAUAAGUGACAAUGCAAAAACGACCAAAAAUAUUUAGAGACCACAUCUCAGUUCUUUGAAGAAUUGUAAAUUUUUUGCUGCAAAAUUUUGAAACUUCUGCAAUUGUCCAAUUUUUAAAAUAAAAUCUUCUGUUGAACAAUACUCUGAGGAGAUAUCAACACUGAAAAGUAAUCUCUGCCGUUCGGAAAACGAAGCGAACACUUGCAAAUUUCUUGCAUUUACGAAACCCGUGUGGUAGAUUUACCUUACUUGAAUUGUUGUUUCCUAGAAAUUGAGUAUCUCUGUGUUGAAAACUUUAAAAUUGUACAAUUUUAAAAAAGCCUAACAUUGAAUAAUACUUUUAGGACAUAUCAACUCUUCAAAAUGAUAUUUACUGUUCUAAAGAAGAGUCCCCAAUGUCGCAAAGCUUCAGCUGAAGUCCGUUUCGUUCAUUAUUAACCAUAAAUUGCAUCGCGUUUGGGAGUAAAGUAUUGUUAACUCCAAAUUUGAUUUCGUUGCUUGAAAAAGCCAUACGCUCAUUGUUUUCGAACGAGUAUUACUGAGCAUAUUUCAUUUUAUAUUGUGAGCUCCAAAAUUUAGCUCAAUCGAGAUGGAAAGGAAAACAAUCUUGAAAGUUUUGAAAUCUUGCGGCUAAUCUUAGCAACCGAAAUGACACUGCACACAUUUGGUUAUGAAUGCACGGUCGUGCGUUCAUAAGGAUCUUUACUAUGGUAGCUCCUUUGGAAAUAUGUAGGGCUUGCGCCUGCAGUAUGAUAUAUUCUCUCUGCAUCAUUCUUGAAAUGCUUUUAUGAAAUUCAGAGCAUUAAAUACAUAAAAAUAAAUUUCAAUUGAUGUAAAUUCAGUUUUGCUCUCUAGAAUACAAACUUUCAUAAAUUAAUGAGUGAAGGCGUCUUGCUAUAUCAGUCACUCUGACAUUAACAAUGACGUGCUUUCGACUAUUUACAGAACCAUGCUUUAUGUAAGAUACUAAAAUGUUUCAUUAAUCGAUUGUUUUGCAGAUGUAGGGUUUUAGUUCCAAAAAACGCUAGCAUUGCCGUUAUGCAAGGAGCGGUGAUGUUUGGCCAAAAACCUAAUAUAGUGGAGUCCAGAAUUAUGUCCACGACGUAUGGGUUUGGCAUAAAUCAUCGUUUUAAUCCCGAAGUUCACCCUGUCGAGAAAAAGCAAGUCAUUGAAGGCGUUGAUUGGUGUAAAGAUUGCUUUGUAGCUAUGGUUAAGGAGAAUGAUAAGGUGAGAGUGGAAGAAACUAGAAAGUUCCUGGAUUAUCAACCCUUACAAGCAAGUCAAACGAGUGUCUCUUUCAAGUUUUACAACUCUACCAAUCCAAACGCAAAGUAUAUACGACCGAUGAUGCCGUGGGUCCUUCCAUUGGUGAGGUCACCGUCGAGUCACCAGACAUCUCAAGAGGAACCGACCGAAAGAUCGACGUCUGCGUCACGUUUGGUGGAACAGAGAUCAAAGCCACAGCCAUAG